CGCACUGUCAACGAACUACACUUCGAUAAGGACAACAUCCUGCUAUGCGAAAAGUCUGUUAUGGAUGCCUACGAUCGUUUAGAGGACCUUGCAAAUGAACGAAGCGACUGCCUUCAAGACACAUUGGCAUGGCACGAAUUCGAUCACAAAUGCAACAUCCUCAGGCAGUGGAUGCAAAAGAAGCGAACACUAGAUGAGAUCACAGCCACGUACCCACUACUCGCUGAAGUCGAAGAACUCGCCGACAUUCUCACGGGCAAAGUUCCUUGCAAAAAAAGGAAGAUUUACCAGCGAAAUGACGGGCCUCUUUACUACAAAAACUUGGCUGAAAUCACCUUGAAGGAAAUUCGGCACAACUGGAAAAAACUGGACAAACUAAAACGUGCCGAGGAAAUGAAGAGAGCUUCAGGUGACAGUGGACUGGGCUUUACUAUACCCAAAACUGUUGUUUCUAUUGGUAGCACCAGCCUCUUUGACAAGAAGGCAGAUACCCUCGAACUACUGCUCGGCGAUCGCAUCGGUCAACUUCAGUUAAUGGAUAGUUACGGAAAAGAUCCACCUACUAACGAAGCAAUUCAGCGACAAGUCAAGGGAAUUAAAAUGGAGGUACCAACCCUAGAGGAACGAAUGCGGGAACUUCAGGUGCUGGCAGACAGCAUUACCAAAAACAACCCUAAACAAGCUGGACCCGUGCAGAGCCGCAUGAACCAGAUAGAUCAAUUGUGGAAGGAAUUGAAGAACCUCCUCAAGGAAAGGGGUGAUAAGGCCGCUGAAACAGCCGACACACUGGAACUACAAGAACGUCUGCAAGAUCUGUCUCGCAAGUUGGACGAUGCCGACGAGCAGAUUCAGCACAUGAAGGAGAGCGACCAGAGGCGCAUCGCUCCAAAGGACGCCAACGCGCUGGAGUGUCUGCUCCCUUCCGACAGCCUUCAAGACGCAGCACGCAAGGCGGACGAUCUUGACGAGGCACUGAAUUUGUAUGACAGAGAGGCAGAAGCUCUGUGUAUGCGGGCCAAUGAUUUGCCACCUGAAUGCAAAAGCAAAAAUGAUAUGUGUCAGGCUGCUGAAGGACUCACCAUGCGGAACGAGGGUUUGAAAAGAGACCUGGCGAAUCGCAAGCGUUCAAUUAACGAUGCUCUGGCGGCGCAGGCACUGAAAGACAAUUUGAACAAAAUCGAGGCUCGAAUCAAGGAAGAUUCUGUCCGACUGGAUAUGACUGAACCAUUGCUCUCUGCAGAUGAUGUUGACCGAGAAAAGCGUCGUGUUGCUGCUAUAAAACUUGACUUGGAACGGAACAAAGCCGCUAUCGAUGCUGUUGAGGAGAAGAUAAAAGCACCUGACAUGUCCAAAAAGUACGCUGAUCCGUUGGCGGCAAAUUGCGAGCGCUUACGUGGUAAAGCCGAUCGUGCCUUAAAACGAGCUGCCAAGCGGGAUGAAGGAUUGGAAGAUGGUCUCAAUCGAGUGCGAUUCCACGAUGAAGUCGGUGAUCUGGACGACUGGCUGGGCGAAAAGCAGGCCACCGUGCAAAACAUACGAGACUUCGUGGAGAAGUGUCCCGACGACGCCAUGCCGCUGCCACAGAUUCGCCAACGCAUGGCCCAGCUACAGGCGGUUAACGCGGAAGUGAACGCUAACGAACCAAAAGACAUUAAUGAUACACAGAGCAAAUUAGAUCGGGCUGUUGCCGUUGCCGACCUUCACACAAUGCCCCUGCUUGCUCCUGUUGUCGUCCAACCAGUCAGAGCCGAGGUGGCCUAUGCAGCAGCUCCAGGUUAUGGUGACGAACCGUCCGCCGGUGCGGGCAUCCCCCGCAAUCUCGCGGAGGCCCUUGCAGCUCUGAAAAAAGCACAGGUUUGUCACGCAAAGCAGCCAAUACACUUAUUCCUCUAUGCGCCUAUUAGGGUCCGUUGA